GAGAAAGAGGGAGAGAGAGAGAGAGAGAGAUCAGGAUAUGCUCCUCCGUUGUUUUUCUCUCUCACACACUCCCGUUAUUCCUCAGCGCUGCCCGUUCUUACCUGUCCGGCUCGCACACCUGAGCGGACUCACCUGUCCGACUUUCUCCGUUCCAGCCACUUCUGCAAAGACCAUCGGGCGGGGGGGGGGGGGAAGAGAAAGGUGCGAACAGGCCACGACAAAAAGGCGAUUUAAUCAGGCUCGCGCUUCCGAAACGAGGAGGAAGGUGUAAGGAGGAAGGAGAACUGGGGACCGACACCUUCCAUGUUUUUUUUUGUUUUUUUCUUCUUCCAACUGUGGAGUUUCCUGCUUCUGUAACUUUUAGUUGACUUUGCGUCGCUUCGGGCGACUCUGAUACCAACCGGUCCCCCGGGGGGGGCAAAAACAAGGAGGAAUUGACUGAUUCAUUCAGAAUGCCGAGGGCCUUUCUGGUGAAAAAGACCAACGUUUCGCCUGGAAAGCGGAACUGGAGCGAAGUCCCCGACCAUGAGCGAGGUGACGUCUACGUCCCAGUCUCCAUCUUCCCUUCGUCCGUCCUGGAGAUGGAGGCUGAAGCGAGCCCCGCCGAGAUGGCCCCGCUGUGCCUCGCCAAGCGGUCGCCCUGCGAGACGCAGACGCACGCCGAGCUGCCGUCCAGCACCUUGCUGGGCCGCCCGGGCAGCCCGCCGCCCCCGGCGGGGGGGAGGACCGACCUCAGGCGGCGGGCGCAGCCGGGCUCCCCGUACGUCCGCUCCAAAAUCAAGAUAACCACGGGCGACUCCCCCCCUCUCCCCCCCGCUGCUGCUGCUCCUCCUCUCUCUCUCCCCCCCAUCCCCUCCCUGCCUCACCUCGCGCCGGUCGCCUUGACGUCGGCGCCCGACCCCGCGGAAGCGGUCGCCGCGGCGACCGGACCAGCGGGUGAAAGCCCGAAGGGGCCCACGGGGCUGUACGCGUGCCAGGUUUGCCAGAAGACCUUCUCGUACCAGCGCAUGUUGAACCGACAUCUCAAGUGUCACAACGACACCAAGAGACACCUGUGCAGCUUCUGCGGGAAGGGCUUCAACGACACCUUCGACCUCAAGAGGCACGUGCGCACGCACACAGGCGUCCGGCCCUACAAGUGCACGCUGUGCGACAAGGCCUUCACGCAGCGCUGCUCCCUGGAGUCGCACAUGAAGAAGAUCCACAGCGUCACCCAGAAGUACGCCUACAAGGAGCGGCGCAACAAGCUGUACGUGUGCGAGGAGUGCGGCCUGACGGCGGGGACCCAGGACGAGCUGGUGGUCCACCUCCACUCGCUGCACCCCGACAGCGUCCUGCUGAAGGGGAAGGCGGCGAGGAGGGCCGGAGGAGGAGGAGGAGGCGGCGAGGGCGAGGGAUCGUCGCCGGGCUCCCCGCAGGGAGCCGACAGCGAUGACACCACGGGGUCAGCGGGGCAGUAGAGGGGAGGGUGACCCCCCCCCCCCCCCCCACCAUCAUCGAGUGGACGGACUCGGGACGUGAGAACAUAUAAGUGAAGAAGAAGCAUGUCAGAAAGGAAAUGUAUAUAAAAGUGUGAAUGUGUGUGUAUUGGGGAAUCUGUGUGUUUCACUACGACUUUAAAUGAAAUCAUGCAUCAACUGACCAGCCGACAUUUUGACACGUGACGCGGAGGAGCUCUUAAACACGUCCGACAAUAACAAUUGCUUUUUUUUUUUUCUUUCUGUAAAUAUUUCCUGUGCGAAAAGAGACUUUCUAUGAAAAUAGGUACUUUGUUCAUUAAAGGGAGUAAUAUAUUAAGAGA